UGGUAACUGCGUCAGUUUGGAAAAACCGGGAGAAGAAGAACGUAAAGGAUCACCACCAACUUGAUUCUUCCUUUGUCUCUUCUUUCCAUUUGAAACCGUCUACAACAUCUCUGACGCCCCUCGACCCCUUGUCUGGCCAAACACCAAUCGGCACUCCCUCACCCCCCUCAACCCCUGGAUCCCCUGUCAGAUCCCCUUCCACUCUCUUCAAGUUCUUCGGCCUCUCUUCCCUCUCCUCUCUCCACAUGUCAUCUCUCUCUUCUUCUUCUUCUUCAGUGGAAGGAUCACAGACCUCCUCCCCUUUUAGUGCUUCUUCUGUUUCCCUGGCUGUCUCAACUCAGUUUUCCUCCUCCUCCCCUGCCCCCCAGUCCUCCUCUCCAAACCCCCUGGACCACCAUGGAGAGACCAACAAAGACAGUGAGACUGCCAGAGAUCUUAUGAGCUCUGAGGUCAAAGAGGUGGGGGCAGUUGUUCCACAGACAAAGAGAAUGGUACCCCUAUUUGCUGGCAUCGCAGAGGCCUCCAUUGACCUGAAGGCUUCCUCUGUCUCCUUGGAGAGGCCAUUGGUCAGGUCUCGGGAAGCCAUGGCUUGCCUCCCCAACCUGGUCAGCAAGAGUAGCACCCAGCUGGGGGAGCAGAGCUGCACAGGCGAGGGCGAAGACAACACCAAGCUCCUCGGGUUGCCUAAUAUUGGCAACACCUGCUUCAUGAACUCUGUUCUGCAGUGCCUGCUGGGGCUGCCAGCAUUUUGCAGAGACAUCCUGAGACAGCAGAACAUCUGGAGUUCCUCCCCCUCCUCUAAACUGCUAUGGUAUACAGCCUCGCUCUCACCCUCCUGUCCCACCUGUACACACACUGACCCACCCACCUAGACGCUUAUAGUUACAGUACACAAGUUCAGCCUCAAUGUAUG